UUCGCAACUCGCACUGAAAAAACAAUGAAGAGAUCGUCAAACAUAUUGACAUUGUUCUUGUGUUUACUAGUAAUACUCCCUUCUGAUCAUGCAAUCGAAUCGCCUCAAUACGCAGUGGCGUUGCUGGCCACUGAUUUCGAGAUCAGGCUCUACAGGAAUUCCAUCUGGAUGUCUGCUGCUCUCCAAGGAACCUCCUUCGAGAAGUCCACGACAGAAGGAUUUCACAGGCUGUACCAAUUCAUUCGUGGUGCGAACCUCAACUCUUCCGAAAUCGAUAUGACCUCUCCUAUCGUGACAAGCGUCGCGCAAUCUUCUCAAGGGUCCUUCAGAUCAUACUGGGUCAGCUUCUAUUUACCAGCCAAGUUUCGAGGAGCCCCUCCACAGCCGAAUCCCGAGCUGAACUUGAGACUCGACGAGUGGAAAGCACGUUGCGUGGCCGUGAGGAAGUUCUCCGGAUUCGCUAGGGACGAUAACAUCGACGAAGAGAUGGAGGCUCUCGUGGCCAGCUUGGGCAAUUACACGACUGGCAGAAUUGUUAAGGACGACAAGAACUCGUUCGCGGUCGCGCAGUAUAAUGCUUCGCAUCAUCUCUCGGGACGCUUAAAUGAAGUCUGGCUUAAGGUCGGGUUUCCCGGUUGCAGAUAAAUGUCAACCUUAAGCAUGUUCGUACGU